AGUAGCCAGUCAGGACAGGACCGCUGUCCAGAUCUGUCUGCUCCUGUCCCAGAUCCGCCACAACACCCAGAAGGACGUCUGGGGAAACACUGGCCGCGCGCCGGACCCCCUGGCCUGAGACAUGCACAUCCCUCCGUUGGGGGGCCGAGUGGCCGUGGCGGUGGAGGAGGCGCUGGCGGGCCUGCUGGACAGGAAGAGGUUCGGCUCCAAGAGGUGGCUGGUGAAGAGGCGCAGGAGGCAGCUGCAGCGGCAGUACCGGGCGGGCCGCCUGAGGCCCUGCAGCAGGAAGAGGACACGCUGGACGGCCGGGAUCCUGACACAGCACCGGGAGCGCAUCCUGAAGGAGCUGGACGUGAGCAGCGCGCUGCCUUACCUGGUGUACAACAAGGUGUUCUCGCUGGCCGAGUACACAGAGAUCCUGGCCCAGGCGUCCAGCCGGCGGCGAGCCGAGGUGUUCCUGGAGCGCCUCUCUUCCAAAGGGCCCGGCGCCUUCUACUGCUUCUGCUCUGUGCUGGAGGAGGUGCGGCCGCAGCUGCUCACCUGCUUCCUGCUGGACGGGGAAGAUGGUGACCUGAGGAGAGGGAAGAAGGGGGGUCUGCUUGACCCCAUUAAGAUGUCCAGGGACCCCCACUCUGGAGGGAAGCCUCUGAGCACUCCCCCCAUGCACCGAGACCCUCUGCUGGACUCCAGGAUACACCCGAGCCCUACCGCCGGGGUCCAUCACAGCCUCCUCCUCCACAAGCACUCUUCAGGCAAGCCGUCACUGCGGCGCAUCAAGGGCCGCAUCCACCGGAGCAAGAGUCUGGACAGCAUCGACCUCCUGGACGCCCACAGUACAGCAAUGGAGGAGACUGUCAUAUGGGAACAGCACACAGUCACACUUCACAGGGCACCAGGGUUUGGCUUUGGCAUCGCCAUCUCAGGAGGCCGGGAUAACCCUCACUUCCAGAGCGGCGAGACCUCCAUCGUGAUCUCAGAUGUCCUGAAGGGAGGCCCGGCAGAAGGCCUGCUGCAGGAGAAUGACAGGGUGGUCAUGGUCAACGCCGUGUCCAUGGACAACGUGGAGCACGCCUACGCCGUCCAGCAGCUCCGCAAGAGCGGGAAGAAUGCAAAAAUUACAAUCAGGCGAAAGAGGAAGGUGCACGUGCCCAUGGGCCGGCUGGGCGAGCGGGAAACCAUGUCGGAGCACGACGAGGAGGAGGACAGCUACGACGAGGAGAUCUACGAGACGCGCAGCGCCCGCAGCGGGGCCUACAGCGCCGCCUACAGCGCCGUGGGCGGGGCCACGGGCCGCCGCAGCGGGCGCAGCGGCGGCCGCCGGGACCGCGAGCGGGAGCGCAGUGUCCGGGAGAGGAGCCCGUCCCCGCGCGCCGACCGCCGUGGCCAGCACGUGCCGCCGCCGCCGCGGCCCGCCAAGGUCACGCUCGUCAAGUCCCGCAAGAAUGAAGCAGAAUAUGGCCUGCGCCUGGCCAGCCACAUCUUCGUCAAGGACAUCCCCGAGAGCCUGGCGUUCCGGGACGGCAACAUCCAGGAGGGAGACGUGGUGCUGAAGGAAGUCCCGGGAGUCUACAUUUCAGAUAUCCAUUCGCUGGCGUCCGACCAUUCCAAUCGAUCACAUGACAGACGCCGCAGCAGCCGCUCCCGCUCUCCCGACCGCCGCUCAGAGCCCUCCGACCACUCCAGACACUCCCCGCCGCAGAUCAGCAACGGCAGUCACAGAAGUCGCGACGAUGAAAGGAUGUCCAAGACUUCUUCCACUGCAAAGAUCGCUGAGGAGAUCCCCCUGCCCAAGCCCAUGGAGUCCUCUGUGUCCCGGGAGGAGAAGCAGCUUCCCCCCCUCCCAGAGCCCAAACCGGUGUACGCCCAGCCCGGCCAGCCGGACGUGGACCUGCCCGUCAGCCCGGCGGACGCCCCCGUGCCCAGCGCCGCCCACGACGACAGCAUCCUACGGCCCAGCAUGAAGCUGGUGAAGUUCAAGAAGGGCGAGAGUGUGGGUCUGCGGCUGGCCGGGGGGAACGACGUGGGCAUCUUCGUGGCCGGGGUGUUGGAGGACAGCCCUGCUGCCAAGGAGGGCCUGGAGGAGGGGGACCAGAUCCUCAGGGUGAACAACGUCGACUUUGCAAACAUCAUCCGAGAGGAGGCGGUGCUGUUCCUCCUGGACCUCCCCAAGGGGGAGGAGGUCACCAUCCUGGCCCAGAAGAAGAAGGACGUGUACCGGCGGAUAGUGGAGUCGGACGUGGGCGACUCGUUCUACAUCCGGACCCACUUUGAGUACGAGAAAGAGUCCCCCUACGGGCUGAGCUUCAACAAGGGCGAGGUGUUCCGAGUGGUGGACACGCUGUACAACGGCAAGCUGGGCUCCUGGCUGGCCAUCCGCAUCGGCAAGAACCACCAGGAGGUGGAGCGCGGCAUCAUCCCCAACAAGAACAGAGCGGAGCAGCUCUCCAGCGUGCAGUACACCCUCCCAAAGACCGCGGGGGGCGACCGCGCCGACUUCUGGAGGUUCAGGGGGCUGCGCAGCUCCAAGAGGAACCUGAGGAAGAGCCGGGAGGACCUGUCGGCCCAGCCGGUGCAGACCAAGUUCCCCGCCUACGAGCGGGUGGUGCUAAGAGAAGCCGGGUUCCUGAGGCCCGUGGUGAUAUUCGGGCCCAUCGCUGACGUGGCCCGGGAAAAACUAGCCAGGGAGGAGCCCGAUAUUUUUGAGCUUGCAAAGAGCGAACCUAGGGAUGCAGGAACAGACCAGCGCAGCUCAGGAAUCAUUCGUCUUCACACCAUCAAGCAGAUCAUCGACAGAGACAAGCACGCGGUGCUGGACAUCACGCCCAACGCGGUGGACCGGCUGAACUACGCCCAGUGGUACCCCAUCGUGGUGUUCCUGAACCCCGACAACAAGCAGGGCGUGAAGAACAUGAGGACCCGUCUGUGCCCCGAGUCCAGGAAGAGCGCCCGCAAGCUGUACGAGCGCGCCAUCAAGCUGAGGAAGAACAACCACCACCUCUUCACCACAACCAUCAACAUGAACAACAUGAAUGAUGGCUGGUACGGCGCGCUGAAGGAGACCAUCCAGCAGCAGCAGAACCAGUUGGUCUGGGUGUCCGAGGGCAAGGCGGACGGGGCGCCAGAGGACGACCUGGACAUCCACGACGACCGGCUGUCCUACCUGUCAGCACCGGGCAGCGAGUACUCCAUGUAUAGCACAGACAGCCGCCACACCUCGGACUACGAGGACACGGACACGGAGGGCGGGGCCUACACCGACCAGGAGCUGGACGAGACGCUGAACGACGAGGUGGGCCUGCCCACCGAGCCCGCCAUCACCCGCUCCUCCGAGCCCGUCCGGGAGGACCCGCCCGUCAUCCCGGACACGCCCGCCUACCCCGGGUACCAGCACCCCCCGCAGCCCGACCCCGCCCACCGCCUCGACCCGGCCGGCUUCAAGAUGGCCGCCCCACAGCAGCAGGACGAGGCCGCUCUGGCCACGCCCCCUGGGGCGGAGCACCCCGCGCAGCUCGAGGGCUCCCGCCUCGAGGGGGCCGGCGUCCCUCCGCAGGCCGACUUACUUAGCAGCCCCAGCCCUGUCCCCGAGCUAAAUCAGCCCCCACCACCACCACCUCCUCCUCCGCCACCUCCACAUGAACCCCUCCUGUGCGGCGGGCAGCCUGGUCCAGAACCAAAGAUGUACAAGAAGGACCUGUACAACAUGGAUGACCCCGUGCGCGUGAACCACGGCAUGAAGCAGUCGCUGAGCUACAGCCACCAGCCGUCGUUCCAGGACAAACAGCCAUACCGCGACAGCGAGCACCCGCCCUACGGCUACGACGCCAGCGGCGGCUACGGCGAGCCCAAGCCCCACACCUUCGACCCCCACCCGCACUACGACAGCCGCGUGCCCCACUACCAGGACCAGUGGGCCCCCUACGACCAGCAGACCUCGGCCCCGCCCGCCGGCGGCUACCAGCAGGGCCACCAGCCGACCUCGGCCCCGCCCACCCCCUACCAGCCGGGGCCCCAGCAGCCCGGGGGCUACCACCAGCGGUCCCCCUACGAGGACGGCCCCGGGAAGGAGUACAGCCCCCCCCAGGCCCGCUACGACGAGCCCCCCCCUGCGCUGGGCUACGACGGCCGCCCCCGCCACACCAAGCCCCCCGGGCCGGGCCGCUACGACGAGGCCCCGCCCCCGGGGCCCUACGACGCCCGCUCGCCUUACGAGGCCGAGCAGGCCCACGGCUUCCCCGGGGCCAGCUCGCCGCGCUCCCCGGACCCCCCCAAGCAGUACUACGGGGACGCGGCCCCCCGGCCCGCCUACAACCCCGGGCCCCCCAACCGGCUGUACAAGUCGGGGCACGAGGCGGGGCUGAACUGCGAGGGGCCCCUGAAGGGGGACGGCGGCGGCCAGUCCCCGGGGGAGCCGGGCGGCAAGGGCCUGCCGCCCCGGGACGAGCCGGAGGACGACCCGGCCAUGAAGCCCCAGUCGGUGCUCAACAGGGUCAAGAUGUUCGAGAACAAGCGCUCGGUGUCUGUGGACCGGGCCAAGGACGGAGGGGACCCCUCGGCCCCCCGGCCCGCAGACGUCCCCAGGCCGGUGAUGGCGCCCGGCCCCGUGCUCAAGGCCAACUCCCUGAGCAACCUGGAGCAGGAGCGGCCAUGCUACAGGGCCCCUGAGCCCCAGAAGCCCCACCCUAAGGAUGAGGGCCGCCCCAACCACUUCGACCCUGACGAGGACGAGGAGUACUACAGGAAGCAGCUGUCCUACUUCGACCGGCGGAGCUUCGACAGCAAGGCCAUGAGCCAGCCCGGGCCCGCCAUCAACCGCUUCCACGACAUGCCCAAACCAGGCCAGCUGUCCUACCACUACAACAGGGUGGAGUCCAUGGAGAAGGUGAGUCCGGUGGAGAAGAGGUACGACCCCAUGCACGUGAUGAGCCCCACCUCCCAGUACGGACCCCCGCAGACCCCCGCCAUCCCCCCAAACUCUCUGCCCAAACUUGGCCCCAACGAGGUGAACUCCAUCCCCGACGUGCUGAGCCCCCCCAAGCCCGAGGCGGUGGCCCUGCGUCCAGCCGGCCGGGACGACCUGGCCCAGGGGGGCUACCUGCCCCCCCGCGGGGUCGGCCUCGCGGACAAGUCCCCCGUCAACGGCACCGAGGCCCCCCCCAAGGCCCUGGGCGCCCCCACCCCCGCCAGCUACAACCGCUACGUCCCCAAGCCCUACACCAGCUCCGCCCGGCCCUUCGAGCGCAAGUUCGACAGCCCAAAGUUCAACCACAACCUGCUGCCCAACGACACGGCCAAGCCCCCCCCCCCCCUGGGGCUCAGCGGCAGCAGCAACAACAACGGCAGCAAGCCGCAGCUCUCCCCCCAGCCCUUGGACCACGACAGUGGCCUGGACACCUUCACGCGCACCAUGGACAACCGGCCAAAGUACCAGCACAACAACGUCAGCGCCGCGCCCAAAGCCAUCCCCGUCAGCCCCAGCGCCCUGGAGGACGAGGACGAGGACGAAGGCCACACGGUGGUCGCCACGGCCCGCGGCAUCUUCAACUGCAACGGUGGCGUGCUGAGCUCCAUCGAGACGGGCGUCAGCAUCAUCAUCCCCCAGGGCGCCAUCCCCGACAGCGUGGAGCAGGAGAUCUACUUCAAGGUGUGCCGCGACAACAGCAUCCUGCCGCCGCUGGACAAGGAGAAAGGGGAGACGUUGCUGAGCCCCCUGGUGAUGUGUGGCCCUCAUGGACUGAAGUUCCUGAAGCCGGUGGAGCUGCGCCUGCCUCACUGUGCGUCUAUGACCCCAGAUGGUUGGUCUUUUGCUCUAAAAUCCUCUGACUCCUCGUCGGGUGACCCCAAGACCUGGCAGAACAAAUCCCUCCCUGGGGACCCCAACUACCUGGUGGGCGCAAACUGUGUCUCUGUGCUCAUCGACCACUUCUGAGGUGUGACAGCUGGUCUGUUGGUGUGCGUGGAGGGCAGGGGGAGGCCCCCCCCCCGCGCCGCUCCUCUGCUGUGCUCCCUCCAUGGCCUCCGGGGCUGAGCCACACCGCCCGAGGAAGUAUGGAACUGGAAACAACACUCGCACUGUUUACUGUGUCCCUCCCCUCGCAAACGACCAGAGAACCAUCACAAGUCCACCCUGGAACGAGUCCAGACCCCCCGUUAGACCGGGCGCCCCCCCCGGCCCUCCGUGGCUGUAACCCCCCCCCUGUUCCUUUGGUUUCAUUUAUUUUUAUGUUUUUGGUGCUUUGAAGGCUUGCAAAAAAAAGUAUAUCUUUAAGGAUUUAACACAAAAAAAACGAAUUAUAUGAAAAAAACGGAACUGUUGUUGGAAUGCAUGACCAGUGCCGCAGACUGAAUAAUCUUCAGAUUGACAUUUUUUGUCUAAUUUUUUCUAAAGGUGAGGAGCAGAGCAAGAAAAAGGAAACUAGAGAGUUUAAUAAUAUUACAGUGGGGCGGGGGGGGGGGGAUUUAGCAUACUGUAUAGCACUCACAAACAGGAACCUCUGCUAUGUCCAAGAACGCUGUUCUUGGGAGGGCUGUGGCCACGCAACUGGCUCUCGAAGAAUCUCUUAAGGACUUGGAAACACGCUCAGCCCGACGCAGCGGUUAUGAAGGAAGGCUAGGCAUCAUGAAAAAAAAGAAGAAAUAAAUAUAUAAAUAUAUAUAUAUAUAUAUAUCAAUAUACUAUAUGAAGAAUGGAGGUUUAAGUAUUAGCAUCAGAAGCCCAUUUGUUUGCAAAUGGGUCCUCUCCAAUGUUUAGAACAGAUCUUUUUUGUAGCAAUGUUUUACCGUAGAUUAAUAUACUGACUUGAUUUGACAAACUCCUGCUGUCUAGAGAUCUAUGCAUGUGCUAUGACUCAGGUCCAGAAGCCUGCUACUAAGUUCCAACACAUGAAGAACCCAUCGUACACUGCAAGCAGUGAUGCCUUAUCUGCAUAUUAACUUUUUCAGUGAGAGUUUAAAAACCCUUUCAGUGCUUCAGUUAGCGCGGUCGGCCCCCCAGGGUCGAUGGCGCCUCUCUACAUCUCCUCAUAUCAGUAAACUCUGAUUUAGCACACAAGAAUAAUUGAGGCUGACGAAAAAGGUAUGCUUUAUUUUACUGCUAUGCAUAUGAAGUCUGAGGAACUACACAAAAAACAAACGACUAAGUCUAGAUAAUGUUUAAAUUAUGGCUGUACAUAUAGCUAGCAUAUGGCCUUGGUUCUCUGUAAAUGAACUUUUUGUACAUCUUUGUUAUUUUGUAUAAAAGAAGAAAAGGUUUCCUAAAAAAAGAGCGCAGCAACAUUGGUUAUGUUUGUAUCCAGGACAGCCCUGAGCCUUGGAACUGACACAAGCAGUAAGAACCCACUUUUCUACAGACUCACUACACACACACCACCUAGGCAUUUUUAACAGUCCAAAACAAAAUCUUUUUAUUCUUAUUUACAAAAUAGAAGAAAAGUGCUUGAUUUAAAUCAUUUUAAAAGAUAUGUACUUGAAGGGUCUGCUUUGACGAGUUCCCCCUUCCUUUAUUUGUGAUACUGGAUGCUGUAUUGUGUGCCCUGAAAUGUAUUUUUGUACUAAUAGACAAUUUAUUAUGGCACAUCAGUACGAUUUUCUUUUGAUAUGACAACACUGCUUCAACUCCAACACUAGUUUAUUUUCCUGUGUGGCUGACAUUCUUUUUAUUUAUUUGUUUCCUUUGCAACACAUUUCUAAGUAUAUCACUGUAUUAAUAAAUAAAUUCAUUUUUAAAGAA